CCUUUAUUUAUCUUUAAAGCAAUCAAAAAAUUUCUGUCGGCCAAGGCGUGAGGGCUGUAAUUUACACAGAAAGGAAGAGAAAGAUCUGCAUCUGCGAGCUUCGAUAAUGGAUAAGAUAGAGCACAAGUACGUGGAAGUCAACGGUCUGAAGCUCCACGUCGCAGAAAUCGGAAGUGGAUCGUCGCCGGCCGUAGUGUUCCUGCACGGAUUCCCAGAGAUAUGGUACUCUUGGCGCCACCAGAUGCUCGCCGUCGCCGAAGCCGGGUUCAGAGCUAUCGCACCUGAUUAUAGAGGGUACGGGCUCUCUGACCCGCCGCCCGAACCCGAGAAGGCCACGUUCCUGGACUUCGUCGCUGAUGUCCUUGCGCUUCUUGAUGCUCUUGCCCUCUCCAAGGUUUUUCUCGUCGGUAAAGAUUUUGGAGCUGCGCCCUUCAUGCCGCCCCGUCCUCCCACACAUCAUCAGCACCUUCCCGAGGGCUUCUACAUCUCAAGAUGGAAGGAGCCUGGACGUGCUGAGGCUGAUUUCGGUCGUCUUGAUGCCAAAACAGUGGUUAGGAAUGUUUAUAUAAUGUUCUCCAAAAGUGAAGUACCAACAGCUCAUGAAAACCAGGAAAUCAUGGACUUGGUGGAACCAUCGGCUCCUCUGCCUCCUUGGUUCACCGAGGAGGAUCUUGCAGUCUAUGGAGCCUUGUAUGAGAAAUCAGGUUUCCGGACUGCAUUGCAGGUUCCUUACAGGUCAAUGGGUGCAAAGUGGGACAUACCAGAUCCUAAGGUUGAGGUUCCAGCUCUGCUGAUAAUGGGCGAGAAAGACUACGUCCUGAAAUUUCCAGGAAUAGAGGACUACAUUAGGAGCGGGGCGGUCAGAGAAUUCGUGCCCAAUUUGGAGAUCACGUUCAUGCCCGAAGGAGGUCACUUUGUUCAAGAGCAAUCACCUGAUGAGGUGAAUGACCUCGUCCUCAAGUUCCUCAGAAACCAUCAUUAAGGAAGGGCAUGAAACUUUUGUAACUUUCAGUCCGAUGUUAGCACUUGUAAUUCAAGGAAGUUCUUCACUAUGUUUGAAUUCAUGUUAUCGCAUUGUUCAAAAUAAAAUAAAAGACACUCAAUAUUUAUUUUUAUA